UAUAUAAAUGCACUACUUGGGGAAGAUUAGAACACUCAUGUCUCCAUAUUUUUCUCUAUUUUCUUCUUCAAUCUGAAAGAAAGCUGAUUUCAGGUUGUGUAAAGAUGAAGAACCUAGUGCAAGACUUAAAGCCUGUGCUGCUGAUGGUAUUGGUUCAAAUUGCAUAUUCUUCUGUUAAUGUGCUGUAUAAGCUCGCCAUAAAUGAUGGAAUGAGCAUUAGGAUAGUCACUGCCUACCGUCUUAUUUUUGCAGUAGUUUUCACUUUUUCUCUUGCUCUUAUUUUCGAAAGAAAGAGCAGACCAAAGUUGACAUGGAGGGUGCUUUUCAUGUCAUUUUUUAGUGGCUUAUUUGGUGCAAGUUUAUUGCAUAAUCUAUUCCUGGAGGCAUUGGAUUUGGUGUCUGCAACAUUCGCUACAGCAAUUUAUAAUCUUGUUCCUGCAGUCACUUUUAUUUUGGCAAUCUCGUGCGGCAUGGAAAAGUUGAAUAUGAGAAGCACAGCAGGGAAGGCCAAGGUGGUGGGAACGAUAAUAGGAAUUGGAGGAUCAAUGUUUCUGACAUUUUUCAAAGGGCAAGAAAUUGAUGUUAAGAGUUUCCACACUGAUCUUCUGCAUAAAAAUAACCAUGUUUUAACUCUGCAUAAUACUGACUCUAGCCAUAGAUUUCUGGGUGCUUUGUGUGGUUUUGGAAGCUGCUUCAGUUUUGCAUUAUGGCUCAUCAUUCAGUCUAAGAUAAACAAAGAAUACCCCAGUCAUCACUCAAGUACUGCGUUAAUGUCCUUAAUGGCUGCAAUACAAGCCACAGUCUUUGCCCUUUAUGUUGAAAAGGACUGGAACCAGUGGAAGUUGUGUUCCAGUAUUAGGAUUCUAACUGUGGUUUAUACGGGAAUCGUGGGCUCUGGAUUAGUGGUAAUCGCCAUUGCAUGGUGUGUAAAAAUGAGAGGUCCGAUGUUUGUAUCUGUUUUCAACCCUCUGAUGCUCGUGCUUGUGGCUGUGGCUGAUUGCUUGAUGUUAGGUGAAAACUUAUAUGUAGGAAGUGUGAUUGGAGGCUUGCUAAUCGUGUGUGGCUUGUACAUGUUUCUAUGGGGUAAAAGCAAAGAAGUGAGAAAGGUGAAUAAGACAGUGUCGUCAGAAAUCACCCAGAAACAUGAAGCAACCGAAGUAGUUGUCAUGUCCACCACAACAAAAAGUGACGACAUUACCAGUACCAAACCCAAUAACACAGUUGCCAAUGUUUCUUGAUUAUUCAUGGAAAAUGGACACGAUCACAUGAGAUUGAAAAUUACCAGAUAGAGUUCCAACUUCAAAGUUCUUCCUUUACUCGUGAUGUAUACUGACAAUAAUAUA